UCCCGCCCCAGCAAGGACACCCGAGCUUUAGCGCCUGCUUCACUGAGCCUAGGUCCAGCUCCAGUUGUCCCUCCAGCCACUCUGUUGUGCCUUGGAGCCAUGGCCACCUCAUCUCUGAGGCCUGGAGUCCUGGCCCUGACUGGGCUGGCGCUGCUCCUUCUUCUGUGCCUGGGUCCAGGUGGCAUAAAUGGAAACAAACUCAAGACAAUUCUCCAGAAACGAGAAAAUCCUGUUUCAUUCAAGACUAAUAUGGCUAUUGCUGAGAACACGGCGAAGAAAUUCCUAGGUGGCCUGAAGCGUGCCAAGAGGCAGCUGUGGGAUCGUACACGGCCUGAGGUGCAGCAGUGGUACCAGCAGUUUCUGUACAUGGGCUUUGAUGAGGCGAAAUUUGAAGAUGAUGUCAACUAUUGGCUAAACAGAAACCGGAAUGGACAUGAUUACUAUGGUGACUACUAUCAGCGUCAUUAUGAUGAAGAUGCAGCCAUUGGACCCCGCAGCCCAGAAAGCUUUAGGCAUGGAGCCAGUGUCAACUAUGAUGACUAUUAAUCUCCCUUGCUGAGGUGCCACAGAGCCUGUGCCUUGCUUCAGUAGACCUUUUCUUUCCAUAUCAUGUGAACAUCAAGGGCUAAAGGAAGGAGUAUAAGUGCUGUUUGCAUUUCAUGCAUGUGCUUAACAAAAUGUCUCAUUUAAAAAUAGAAAUAAAAACAUUUUUUGCAAAGUAUCAGAAUUCACUUGGGAGAAAAUUGAGCCUUAACAAUUCUAAUCACCUCCAUUUUUGAAGUUAGCAUACCAUCUGAGGGCCUGUAUAUUUACUUCCAGAAACCCUGUCAGCAUCCAGUCACAGCAUGAGUAAAAGUCAUGGGUCUCUGUUUGUUAAAAGCCAGUCUGUAUUAAAUGAAAAACAUUGAUUCAACAGAAAAAUCCAGUUGGCAAUGAAUGUUAGUCUUGGAUAUGAUCUAGAGAGUUUUAAUCACUGGACAGGCAUUAGGGUGCUUUCUCUGCUCAGGGUUGCAAGCCUGAUUUAAUAAACUAUACAAGAAAGGUAGUGAAAACUGACCAGAAGUUUCAUGGAUC